UCAGCAAUAUUAGAUGUUGAAUUAAUAUUCGCUUUAGAAAGGCAACGUGGGUACAGAUACGGUGAGUGCGGGAUUAUAUACGCUGUGUGUGAUCUCGACAGCUUACUUUCAUCCGGCGCACGCGCAGAGAGGACCUCGGGACAACGCCAUGUGCUUUGCUUCGAUUUAAAAUAAUUAAGAUGUCAAUGCUGGUGUUUAUUGCGUUACUGUGCGGCGCCCGCAGUGCUCGGACAAUUAAUGAUGAUUUAUCCAAAUACUGGGAGAAGGAUUUCAAAGAAGUUGGACAUUUGUAUGGGAAAACAUCUGACAAGGAAUUGUAUGGCGUUAGUUUACCGACUUCUAUGAUAUACAAUGCACCAACAACGAAGAAAAACGAUAUAGUUUUAGAGCAUACUGGAAAUUAUGAAGCUAGCGGCUUCGACCAAUCAGGUUCAACAUAUCCUUAUAAUAAAUAUAAAAAGCAUAUAAACUAUAAACAAUCGUUAAAACCAGAACAGAGUAUGAAUUAUUUCAGUUAUUCUGAAAACGAUGGCAAUAAAAAACCUGAAGAAAUUAAUACUUUGAACAAAACACCGCCGCGGGGAAAUCAAAACAUUGAUUUAUCUUCCAAAAUAAAUCUGCAAGGAUUUAAGCCUUUUAUUGGGAACGGAGAAAAUGAACACACAAGUAUACGAAGUAUUUUAAGUACAGAAAGAAAUGAAAUUGGCGCAGGUGAAGUUUUAUCAGAAGAUAAUAGAACAUAUCGUAAUAAACCAAGGAAUAAAGUAAGACAGUACAAAGGUAAAACGUUUAACUUCCGAACGAAAUGCCCUUCGAGGAAUUGCAGGAAGAAAUCGAAUACAUCUAAAAGAUUUUUUUCAAGACCAGUGAAAAGGGUUAAAAAGAGAAUAAUUGUAUACUAA